AUGAAAUCUGUGGCGUUUGUUGUCGUAUUUCUCGUAAUUCAGAGAGCCUCUGCCCUCAGAUGUUAUGACUGCAAGCCUGGCAACAACAGCGUUGCUGGUUCAGCAAUCACCUGCAGCAAACCAGUUCAGACUGUGGAGUGCAGUUCAGGCUUUGAUUCUUGUUCGAUCGUAAAAGUUACUAGUGAUGAAUUAGACAUAUAUUACCUCGAUUGCUUCUUGAAAUCGUUUUGCAGUGAAGCGCAAAAGAACCUCUGUAAAGUAAGCACUCAAGGUCUCCAUGGUGCUAGAUGUGAUAAGUCAUGCUGUGAAACUGAUUUGUGCAACAAACCCAAAGAUUCCUCGACCUCAGUUACAUCGAGCCAUGUUCCAGCGAGUGCCGCCAUAUUUGUGAUUCUGAGUGUAAUAGCAAUGGUACUCGUGGACAUGAUUUGAAACAUUUUGUUAAAUAUUAGCUCAAAGAAAAAAAAAA